ACAGGGGCCGCCGCCAUGGCGUUCAGUUUGCGGGGAUGGCUUGCAACGAUGUUGCUGGGCACAUGCUGGAUAACAGGUUCCUCAGGCUUUGUUCCCAACUCUGCCAACCCUCUGCUGGUAGCACCAGCUCGAAAGAGCGGCAUAACAACAGGCUUCGCCUCCUUCGCUGUGAGCGACCUGUUUGCAAGGAAGAGCAAAAUGGCACCUCCCCUGUCUGUCAUGGCGGCCAAGAAGAAGUCUUCAAAGCCCAGAAAGAGCAAUGGUUCGAAUGGGGGGAACCCGCCCUCUCCAGUAGAAAAAAUGGAGGCGGCAAAGAUGGCGGCUUCUGCAGCGGAGCGACUAACGUUGUUGGAUGAUGAUGAUGAGGAGGAGGACGAAGAUGAGGAGGAGGAUGUUUCAGGUUGUAUUGAAGGAUCAGAAUGCGGAGGGAAGCAAAGAAAGAAUUUCCAAGUUCGACGAGCAAAUGAAAGAGGUUGUUGCAAAGCGAAAGUCGUCAGAAGAACUAGACGUCAGAGGAACGAGACUUCCGACAAACCCCAGCAGAAACGCGCAGAGCAACAAGCUUGACGAGCUCGACCAGAGGAUCAAGGCAGCUCUGAGGGAGCCGACGGAGAAGAAGAAGGAGACCAAGAUCAAGACCGAGACUGGAGAGGAGCUUUACCUCACUGAGUUUGCGCCUGGCGCGUCGAUUUCUCCCUUCGCCCUU